AGGGCUUUGUCCCGACCAAAGAUGGCGGACGCCGGCGUCGGGAGGAGGGCUGCCCUGAAGAAAGAUGGCCUCCGCGCGAGGAGGAACCGGAAGCGCGGGUCUGGCGGCGGUACUGGUUCGCGGUCGGCGCGAGAACGCGCAGGGUGGCGCGGGUCCGGGCAUGAAGCUAGGCCGGGCCGCGUUGGGCCUGCUGCUGCUGGCGGCGUCCGUGGUGCAGGCGGUGGAGCCCAUCAGCCUGGGACUGGCCCUGGCCGGCGUCCUCACCGGCUACAUCUACCCGCGUCUCUACUGCCUCUUCGCCGAGUGCUGCGGGCAGAAGCGGAGUCUUAGCCGGGAGGCAUUGCAGAAGGAUCUGGACAACAAGCUCUUUGGACAGCAUCUUGCAAAGAAAAUCAUCUUAAAUGCUGUGUUUGGUUUCAUAAACAAUCCAAAGCCCAAGAAACCUCUCACCCUCUCCCUGCACGGGUGGACAGGCACCGGCAAAAAUUUCGUCAGCAAGAUCAUCGCAGAGAAUAUUUACGAGGGUGGUCUGAACAGUGACUAUGUCCACCUGUUUGUGGCCACAUUGCACUUUCCACAUGCUUCAAACAUCACCUUGUACAAGGAUCAGUUACAGUUGUGGAUUCGAGGCAACGUGAGUGCCUGUGCAAGGUCCAUCUUCAUAUUCGAUGAAAUGGAUAAGAUGCAUGCAGGCCUCAUAGAUGCCAUCAAGCCUUUCCUCGACUAUUAUGACCUGGUGGAUGGGGUCUCCUACCAGAAAGCCAUCUUCAUAUUUCUCAGCAAUGCUGGAGCAGAAAGGAUCACAGAUGUGGCUUUGGAUUUCUGGAGGAGUGGAAAACAGAGGGAAGACAUCAAGCUCAAAGACAUUGAACAUGCCUUGUCUGUGUCGGUUUUCAAUAACAGGAACAAGACGGAGUCUUCUUAUGUUGCCCAGGCUGGUCUUGACUUCCUGGACUUAAGUGAUCCUCCCGCCUCAGCCUCCCAAAAUGCUGGAAUUAUAGGCGGCUUCUGGCACAGCAGCUUAAUUGACCGGAACCUCAUUGAUUAUUUUGUUCCCUUCCUCCCCCUGGAAUACAAACACCUAAAAAUGUGUAUCCGAGUCGAAAUGCAGUCCCGAGGCUAUGAAACUAAUGAAGACAUUGUAAGCAGAGUGGCUGAGGAGAUGACAUUUUUCCCCAAAGAGGAGAGAGUUUUCUCAGAUAAAGGCUGCAAAACGGUGUUCACCAAGUUAGAUUAUUACUACGAUGAUUGACAGCCAUGAUUGGCAGCCGAGUCUCUGCUUGGAGUUGGAAAAGAAACAACACUCAGUCCUUUCACGCCUCCUCCCCCAGCUCCUUUCCCUGGAAGAGGAAUCAGUGAAUGUUUCCUGUUUGAAGUGACAGGAAUUCUCUCCCCGGCAUUGUUUCCAUCCCCUGGUGCCCGUAGGCCACCGAGGGACCAUGGGCAAGGACAUGAAGCUUCCCGAACCCACACAGAAGGAAGGGGCCAGCUCCCAGCCCACUCAUCGCAGGGCUCAUGAUGUUUUACAAAUUAUGUUUUAAUUGCAAGUGUUUCUGUUUCAAGGAAGGAUGAAUAAGUUUUAUUGAAAAUGUGGUAACUUUAUUUAAAAUGAUUUUUAACAUUAUGAGAGACUGCUUAGAUUCUAAGUUGUUGGCCUCGUGUGUGUGUUUUUUAAGUUCCCGUCAUUAUAACGUAUACUGUGAUGUAUCUUGACUGGAAAUGAGCCCAAGCACACGUGCAUGGCAUUUGUGCCACAGGAGGGCAUUGCUGGGGAUGUGGCUGGAGCACAAGCCAGCUCUGUCCCAGGAUGGUCCCAGCGGACGCUGUCAGGGGCAAUGAAGUGUUUAGAUGAAGGACAAGUAGGUAAGAGGACGCCUUCAGGCACCACAGAUAAGCCUGAAACAGCCUCUCCAAGGGUUUUAACCUUAGCAACAAAGGGAGCUGUGGGAAUGAUUUUGGCAACACUGUCAACAUUUGUUAGAACAAGUCUUUUGAAAGAAAAGUAUUUCCGGUCACUCUUAUUUUGCAAAAGGUGGCCCGUCACUGUCCAUUCUGAAUGAGCCACACGUGCUCUGCUGGAUUCUAAAUUAUGUGAAUUUUGCCAUAUUAAGUCUUCCUCAUUUAUACUAUUUUUUGUUACAUUCAGUCAAAUCCCCGAAACCUCCCAUAAAGUUUAGCUGCCCCUUCUGAGGAUGCUGAGAAACCGUGUCUUUCUUUAUAAAUGCAAAUGGCUACCGUUUUACAAUAAAAUUUUGCAUGUGU